CUUAUGAAGCUCACAUGAAUCAAUACUUGGUGGAUUUUGAAAAUGAUAGCCUUAGUUAUAGUUCGGUGAAAGCAAUCAUGACUGAUAAACUUGCAGGUCAUUCCCAGAAUAAACGAUCAAGGCAAUCCUCAUCUGAACCUAAGCUUGUGCUUGCAACCGCCUCUUGA